AUGGCUGGUGCUUUGGUUCAGUCGACUAAUUUUCUUUCUUCAGUUGCUGGUGAAAGGCAUGGCCAGCUCAAGGGGUCUAGCAAGACAAAAAGGAAUGUGAAAGUGAUGUGUAUUUCCCAAGCAUCUUCUUUGAGGAUGAGAAGUUUUUCUGGGUUGCGAGGAGUUAAUGCUCUAGAUAAUAUGCUUAGAACUGGUCAUAAUUAUAUAGGAUCUGAGCAUUUGCUAUUGGGAUUGCUUCGUGAGGGUGAAGGUGUUGCAGCUCGUGUUCUUGAGAAUUUAGGUGCUGAUCCAAGCAACAUCCGAACACAGGCAAGUUUUGUCACUAUCCCAGUCAUUCGAAUGGUUGGAGAAAGCACAGAAGCUGUUGGUGCGGGGGUUGGUGGGGGAUCCAGUGGCAAUAAAAUGCCAACGCUAGAGGAAUAUGGCACUAAUUUGACAAAAUUGGCAGAGGAGGGUAAACUGGAUCCAGUUGUUGGAAGGCAGCAGCAAAUAGAACGUGUGACCCAAAUUUUGGGUCGGCGGACCAAAAAUAAUCCCUGCCUUAUUGGAGAGCCUGGUGUUGGAAAGACAGCUAUUGCAGAAGGGCUUGCUCAAAGAAUUGCAAAUGGUGAUGUUCCAGAAACAAUAGAAGGCAAGAAGGUCAGUAGGAGUGUUAUAUUUAUUGCAUUGGUUGAAGUGAUAGCUUAUGAGAAUGUUAUAACCCUGGAUAUGGGUCUAUUGGUUGCUGGCACAAAAUAUCGUGGAGAGUUUGAGGAGAGACUGAAGAAGCUGAUGGAAGAAAUUAAACAAAGUGACGAAAUAAUAUUGUUUAUUGAUGAGGUGCACACGUUAAUUGGAGCUGGAGCAGCAGAGGGGGCUAUUGAUGCUGCCAACAUAUUGAAGCCAGCUCUUGCAAGAGGUGAAUUGCAGCCCGUGAAGGUACCUGAACCUUCUGUUGAUGAAACCAUACAGAUUUUGAAAGGGCUCCGUGAGAGAUAUGAGAUACACCACAAACUUCGAUACACAGAUGAGGCACUAGUAGCUGCAGCUCAGUUGUCGUACCAAUACAUUAGUGAUCGAUUCUUGCCUGAUAAAGCAAUUGACUUGAUUGAUGAAGCUGGUUCUCGGGUUAGGCUUCGCCAUGCUCAGCUUCCAGAGGAGGCUAGAGAGCUUGAGAAAGAGUUGAGGCAGAUCACAAAAGAGAAGAACGAAGCUGUCCGCAGCCAGGACUUCGAAAAGGCAGGGGAAUUGCGGGAUAGAGAGAUGGACCUCAGAGCUCAGAUUACAGCUAUAGUAGACAAAGGGAAAGAAAUGAGCAAAGCAGAGACUGAAGCUGGGGAUGGAGGGCCUGUGGUGACAGAGGCAGACAUUCAACACAUUGUGUCUUCGUGGACUGGCAUUCCUGUUGAGAAAGUAUCAACUGACGAAUCUGACCGUCUCCUUAAGAUGGAAGAGACACUCCACAAGCGAGUGAUUGGUCAGGAUGAGGCUGUGAAAGCCAUCAGCCGUGCCAUUCGUCGUGCUCGUGUUGGACUGAAGAACCCCAAUCGGCCUAUUGCUAGUUUCAUCUUUUCUGGUCCAACUGGUGUUGGAAAGUCAGAACUGGCCAAGGCACUGGCUGCCUACUACUUUGGCUCUGAAGAAGCCAUGAUUCGGCUUGAUAUGAGUGAGUUCAUGGAGAGACACACCGUCUCCAAGCUUAUUGGUUCUCCUCCUGGUUAUGUUGGUUAUACUGAAGGAGGUCAGCUGACAGAGGCUGUUAGGAGGCGUCCCUACACUGUAGUACUAUUCGAUGAAAUUGAAAAGGCACAUCCUGAUGUCUUCAAUAUGAUGCUCCAGAUUCUUGAGGAUGGAAGGUUGACAGAUAGCAAGGGCAGAACUGUUGAUUUCAAGAACACACUAUUGAUAAUGACAUCAAAUGUGGGAAGCAGUGUGAUUGAGAAAGGAGGGCGCCGAAUAGGCUUCGAUCUUGACUAUGAUGAGAAGGAUAGCAGUUACAACCGAAUCAAGAGCCUGGUCACUGAGGAACUCAAGCAAUAUUUCAGGCCAGAGUUCUUGAAUAGGUUGGAUGAGAUGAUUGUUUUCAGGCAGCUUACAAAACUAGAGGUGAAGGAGAUUGCAGAUAUAAUGCUCAAAGAAGUCUUUGACAGGCUUAAGUCCAAGGACAUUGAGCUUCAGGUCACCGAGAGAUUUAGAGAUAGGGUGGUUGAGGAAGGAUAUAACCCAAGCUAUGGUGCGAGGCCACUUAGGAGAGCCAUAAUGAGACUCUUGGAGGACAGCAUGGCUGAGAAGAUGCUGGCCAGAGAGAUCAAAGAAGGGGAUUCGGUUAUUGUUGAUGUUGAUACUGAUGGUAAUGUGACUGUUCUCAAUGGUAGCAGUGGUGCCCCUCCUGAGUCACUGCCCGAACCAAUUGCCGUAUAG